AUGGCUGUCACACUGAACAACACGACGGAUGCGACCUUCAAGAUCAAUGGUUAUCAAGAGUAUCUUCAUAACCCUCCCCAGGAGAUCAACCCAGGUGACGAGGCAGAGAUCAAAUACACACCAGGGAAGCCUACCGUGAUAUAUUGUAUCGACGAGGAGAUAAGGGGCCAGCUCGUUGUCGAGGUUGGCAACAGUUCUCAGGGAAAUAAGCUGUGGGGAGAAGGAUUGUUUCAACUUCAAAUGAGCGGGCGGGCGGAGACUUGGGAUAUUGUGACCAACUGA